AUGGAUAAGAUAUUUUACGAGAACUUAAUAAAACUAAAUAUUAUAAAAAAAUCUGACAAGCUAAGUCUUGGAGUUUCUGGUGGAGCUGACUCCAUGUAUCUCUUUUAUAAUUUUAUGGAUUUAAAAGAAGAUUGGAAUCUUGAUAUAAUAGUUUGCCACCUAAACCAUGGCAUAAGAGAGACUGCCAAGAGGGAUGAGGAAUUUGUAAAAAAAUCUUGCCAAGCUUAUGGAAUAAAAUUUAUAAGCAAGACAGUUAAUAUGGAUGAAUUUGCAAGAGAAAAAAAAUUUUCAUCGGAAGAAGCUGGAAGGAUUUUAAGGUAUGAAUUCUUUAGAGAAAACUCACAAGGGAGGAAGAUUUUAACAGCUCACAAUGCUAAUGACAGGGUAGAGACAGUUCUUUUUAAUAUUAUGAGGGGGACUGGUCUCAAGGGUCUUUCAGGUAUAACUCAUGUUAAUGGAGAUAUCUAUAGACCUCUAAUAAAUAUUAAGAGGGAAGAGAUUGAAGAUUAUCUUCACAAGAAUAAGCUCCAAUACUUUGAUGAUGAGACCAACUUUGAAGAAAUUUACACGAGAAAUAAAAUUAGGCUUGGACUAAUUCCAGAACUUAAAAAAUUCAAUCCAUAUAUAAUAAAUUCUCUUCUUAGACUUUCUGAUAACGUAGAAGAAGCUAAUGAGUUUAUAGGAGAAAUUCUAGAAGAAAAUUAUAAUAAUUGCCUGGGAGAUAAUUUUUUAAUUCCAUCUGAAAUAAUAAAAUUAAAAAAGCUUAUCGCCCAAGAGGUAAUAAAAAAAUAUUUAGAAGAGAAUUUUUAUAGUGAAAAUAUUUUAAACAGGUUCAACAUACUUGCUAUUUAUGACUUAUGCCUUGGCGACUCUGGAAGACGAAUUGAUCUUGGAAAAAAUAUUUCUGCUAGAAGGUCUUACGAUAAGAUUUAUAUCGAAGAAGUAAUGGGUCAAGAAGAAAAGACAAAGAAGGGAUUAAGUAUUGGAAGAAAUGCAACUGACUUUGGAGAAAUUUUUAUCACAAGAGAUGGAGAAGAAAGUCCUGAGGAUUCCUUUAUAAAAGUAAUAGACUAUGAUAAAAUAAAAGGUAGUCUUAAGGUUAGGAAGAGAGCCCCAGGGGAUAGGUUUAAACCACUGGGUAUGAAAAAUAGUAAAAAGCUAAAGGAUUAUUUUAUUGAUAGAAAAGUUGACAGGCUAUUAAGAGAUGAAAUAGGUCUUAUAUGUGAUGACGAAAAAAUCAUUUACAUACUUGGGAUGGAUAUCUCAGAAGAUGUUAAGAUAGAUAAAAAAACAAAAAACAAACUCGUUUUGGAGGUUAAGAAUGUCAGAUAUUAA